CUAAAAUCAAUAGGUAAGAUCUCCUUAAAAAGACAAAUAUAAGAAGUUUUUCCUUUCUGGAAAUAUGCAGAGCUCUCCUGGUGGCAGCAGCGGGGUGGAGUUUCUUGAGCAUCCUGCUUGCCUAGGACACACAUCAGGGUCAGGCCCCUGAGCAACGCGAGGAGCACGGGCAGAUCUCCUGUUCACUGUGCCUCUCAAAAUGGCAGGGCAAAGAAGCAAUAGAGGUGAAAAUCCCACAGAGCCACCAGGAUGUGAUGCCCAAUGAUGAGCAGUAAUUACUGCAGCAACACUUCAGCCAGCAUGAGUGUCAACGAAAUGUCCGCCUUCCCUCUGACUUUAGAACAAAAAACUGGCUUUGCCUUUGUGGGGAUUUUGUGUGUUUUCUUGGGACUUCUAAUUAUCAGAUGCUUCAAAAUCUUGCUAGACCCCUACAGCAGUAUGCCUUCUUCCACAUGGGAAGAUGAAGUUGAGGGGUUGGAUAAAGGGACAUUUGAAUAUGCUCUUGCAUGAAAACUCACAGAAUAUCCUGCCUUAAAUUUGAUAUUGAUUUCAUUCUGGAAACCAAUUAUUGUUACAUUUGUUAUACAUACCUGCAUUUUGGAGAUAUGUUGGUGGCAUCCAUUUUGUUAAAUAA